UGGAGUUAACACUUAACAAAGAGAGGAACGAUUUGAGAAAAGAUUUCUCACAUCAUCCCCAGUUGAAACCCUAAUUCCAAAUCUUUGUUCUCUUUUAUCAUGAUUUUUUCUUGAUUUUUCUUAAACUCAGCAAAUUCCUGAAAUCCGAACAAUCAAAUCCAAGAGAAUGUCCGCGAAAUGGCGAGCUUUGCAACACCGCCAUCGUUACACCUACACCUCCAUUGUUUUCCCCCAAUCCUUCAUCGAAACUCUAGACCUAAUCUCUACGGACGAGCUCGCCGUCUCCGAUUUCUCCUCCAAUUUGAGAAAUUUGAUCUCUUUGACCUCCACCUACUCCCAAAUCUCCGCCGCGAAGGACCUCGCCGCGUCAUUCGCCCGUCUCCUUGCAGCUGCAGCACCUGAGCCUCCUGCUGCCGCCGUUCGCCUUUACCUAGAGAUCCUCUUCCUCGAGAACUCGCUUCCGCUCCACCGGACUUUGAUCUCCUCGCUUGCCAAGGCGAGAAAGUCGCAUCCUUUGAUCCAAAGUUGCCUCCUUUCGUUGUGCCGGAAACAUGGCGCCGUGGGGAGAAGUGGGAAAAAGCGGUUUUUGGUGUCCCGGGCUGCGUUGUCGUUGAUGGGAUAUCCAAAGUUGGGAGUUUUAAGCGAUGCGUUGAGGGAUUGCGCUGAAUUAGUAGCUUUGGAUGUGGCUACGGGAUUGUCUAGCUUGAUUUCAGACAUUAAUGAAGGAUCUCGGCCUUCCCCUGCGGUCAUGGAGCAGUGCCAGGAGGCAAUGUCGUGUUUAUAUUACCUGUUCAAAAGGUAUCCUUCAAAGUUUAUGGAGUUGGAGGAGGACCAGAGCGUUUUUCAGAGCGUUGUGAAGACUAUUUUGAGUGUUUUGAAGUCUUCUGGUGCGUUUUCGAGGGAUUGCUUGGUAGCUUCUGGUGUGAGCUUUUGUGCGGCGGUGCAGGCUUGUAUGAGCCAUGAGGAACUCCGCGGUUUCAUUUCAAGAGGGUUGUUUGGUGUUUGUGAUGGUGGUGUAGGAAAUGGGGAUUUGGGUGUGAAGAAGGUGAUGCCUGAUGGUGAUCUGUAUUUGGAGAUUAAGGAUUUAUCUGUUUUGAGCAGGCUCUGCUUGUUGAGAGGGAUACUGACUGCUGUUCCGAGGACUAUCCUUAAUGCGCGGAUUGUUGGGUUGAAUAAUGGCUCUUCAUGGACUAUUUUGUAUGAUGGGAUUCUGCCGGAGCUAUGCAAGUAUUGCGAGCAUCCAAUUGACAGUCAUUUUAAUUUCCAUGCACUUACUGUGACACAGAUUUGUUUGCAGCAGAUAAAGACAUCGAUAUUGGCAGAACUUGCUGAUUUUUCAGGGGAUUAUGAUGCCAUUCCUGAAGAAAUGUCGAACCGCAUGCUAAGAAUUAUUUGGAAUAAUCUUGAGGAUCCAUUGAGUCAGACGGUCAAGCAAGUACAUCUCAUCCUUGAUCUUUUGUUGGAUGUCAAGUCAUCUCUAUAUUCAAGGGAGGCUCCUGAGAGGUUUAAGUUGUUCCUGUGCAAGAUUGCUGCCGAUCUUCUAAAGCUAGGGCCCCGUUGCAAGGGCAGGUAUAUUCCUUUGGCUUCUCUCACCAAACGCUUGGGUGCAAAGUCUCUUCUGGAAUUGAACAAUAAGCUACCUUUUGAGACAGCCUAUGCUUAUUUAGACGAUGAUGUUUGUUGUUCUGCCACAUCAUUUUUGAAAUGCUUCCUUGAGUGCUUGCGUGAUGAAUGCUGGAGCCUUGAUGGUAUUGAAAAUGGGUAUGAAUCAUUUAGAGGGCUGUGCUUGCCUCCUAUACUGCAUGGUCUGGUUUCUGGCAAUUCAAAACUUCGAACUAACUUGAACACUUAUGCUCUUCCUGUUGUCCUCAAUGUUGAUAUCGAUAGCAUAUUCUCAAUGCUUGGCUUUAUUUCAGUUGGGCCUAAUAGAGAAGAAAACAAGUUUGAUGCAGAUCUGAACACCGACCAGCGUGUAGCUGCGCUUGUUUCUUUACUUAAAGUUUCUCGCUCACUUGCUCUUACUGAUGGCGACAUUGAUUUAGACCUAGAGUCUUCAUUGCAAAAGGAUAUAGCUCAUCACUUUGCUGUCGUGUGUGUGAAGGCGGUUAAUGUUAGACUUCCUGUUGAGUGGUUGGUGUUAGCAUUGACACAUGCUGAUGACAGUCUUCGCAUAGAUGCUGCUGAAUCUCUGUUUCUGAAUCCCAAGACAGCUAGUCUUCCAUCUUCUUUGGAGCUCAACUUGAUGAAAAGAGCAGUGCCAUUGAAUAUGCGCUGCUCUUCAACAGCUUUCCAGAUGAAGUGGACAAGCCUGUUCAGGAAGUUCUUCUCUAGAGUCCGGACAGCAUUGGAGAGACAGGUGAAGCAAGGUUCAUGGCAGCCUGUCGAGUCUUGUAAUGGUGAUGAAGAUGGUCAUGCUGAUGCCACCAGAUGUCGGGCGGAGAGCCUUUUUCAUUUUAUGAAGUGGCUGAGUUGCUUCCUCUUCUACUCUUGUUAUCCUUCUGCACCCUAUGAGAGGAAAACCAUGGCCAUGGAGCUUAUUCUUAUAAUGAUGGACGUGUGGCCGCCGAGCCCUCCGUCUCAAGGUAAUCACUGUCUCUAUCCUUAUAAGGAAGAGUUUACUUCAGCAGAUUCUACAUUGUUACUUGUAGGAUCCAUAAUUGAUAGUUGGGAUAGAUUAAGAGAAAGCUCUUUUCGCAUUCUCUUAUGCUUUCCAACCCCUCUGCCUGGAAUUUCCUCUCAGGAUUCAUUGAUUGAAUUAAUAAGAUGGGCAAAGAAAUUGGUAUGCAGUCCACGUGUUAGAGAAAGUGAUGCUGGUGCCUUGACCUUCCGCCUUAUACUUAGGAAAUAUGUAAUGGAACUUGGAUGGCAAGUUGGGGUAUCUGACAAAUUUUGCUUGAAUGCUGAGCAGAAACUAACAAAUGGAGAGCUACAACAUGUUGGAACUCGGGCUCCUGUCGUAGAAUAUAUUUCAUCACUUAUUCAGUGGUUGUGUGCUGUGGUUGAGGCGGGUGAGAAAGAUCUUUCUGAAGCAUGUAGAAACAGCUUCGUUCAUGGAGUACUGCUCACACUCAGAUAUACUUUUGAGGAAUUGGAUUGGAACUCGGAGAUUGUCCUGUCAAGUGGCUCUGAGAUGAGGUGUCUAUUAGAGGAGCUUCUUGAGCUAGUUAUGCGAAUAACAUCAUUAGCCCUUUGGGUUGUUUCUGCAGAUGCUUUGUCAAUCCCUUAUGACAUGGAUGAUAUGGUUGAGGACGACUGUUUUCUUUCAGAAGUUCCAGUGGAAAUGGAUGGACCUGAAUCACUGUCAGAGCUAGCAGAUGUAGUUUCAAAAACAGAGGAUGCUGUCAGACCAGCAGAACAAGUUGUUAUGGUUGGCUGUUGGCUUGCUAUGAAGGAGGUCAGUCUUCUUCUAGGGACUAUCAUUAGAAAAAUUCCACUGCCAAGCUGCUCCCAGUCGGAUAAAUUGAACUCUGAUUUUUAUCACAGCAACGGGGAUGCAAUACAUAUGAUUUCUUCACCUGAUGCAAUACUUGAUUUGAAACAAUUGGAGAUCAUGGGGAACCAUUUUCUCCAGGUCCUUCUAAAAAUGAAGCAUAAUGGUGCGAUUGAUAAAACGAGAGCAGGCUUCACUGCUCUUUGCAAUCGUCUGCUCUGCUCUAAUGAUCCAAGGCUUUGCAAGAUGACAGAAUCUUGGAUGGAACAGUUGAUGGAGAGGACAAUUGCAAAGGGGCAGACUGUAGAUGAUUUGUUGAGGAGGAGUGCAGGAAUACCUGCUGCUUUUAUUGCUUUUUUCCUGUCAGAGCCAGAAGGGACACCAAAGAAACUGCUUCCAUGGGCAAUGGGGUUCCUCAUAAAUGUCGCAAAUGCAUCGAUGUGCCCCAAAUCUGAAGAUGGUAAGCAGGAUGGUACAGUGCUUCUUGAAGACUACAUGCCAAAUCUUGAUGGAAUACCAUCAGAGAAUAUAAAUAAAGAGGUGGAUGUGAGCUGCAAAUCCUCAAAGAGCCGGGAUGAGGGUGUGGUGCCUACUGUACACGCCUUCAAUGUUCUUAGGGCCGCUUUCAAUGAUACAAAUUUAGCAACUGAUACAUCAGGUUUCUGUGCCGAAGCUUUGAUCAUUUCAAUAAGUGCGUUCUCUUCCCCCUACUGGGAGAUCCGAAACAGUGCUUGUCUUGCCUAUACUGCUCUAGUUCGCCGCAUGAUUGGUUUCCUUAAUGUACAAAAACGUGAAUCUGCACGACGUGCUUUGACUGGACUAGAAUUCUUCCAUCGGUAUCCAGCUCUACAUCCUUUUCUGUUAAGUGAAUUGAAGAUUGCCACUGAGCUGCUCGGGGACGGGCACUCCAGGCGUGUUGAAUCUCGCAUAGCAAAAGCCAUCCACCCUAGCUUGUGCCCCAUUCUGAUUCUUUUGUCUAGGCUCAAGCCUUCUCUUAUCAGUUCUGAAACAGAAGAUGCAUUGGAUCCAUUUUUAUUGAUGCCUUACAUCCAGAGGUGUGCAACCCAAAGCAAUUUAAGAGUUCGGGUCCUGGCAUCAAGGGCUUUGACUGGUUUGGUAUCUAAUGAGAAAUUGCCCUCUGUUUUUAGUGAGAUAGUUUAUUGUUUGCCAUAUGGGGAAAAUCUGAUGAAUGGACAUGAAACAGAAGCUUCUCGCCGCAUUUCUUUCAACUCAAUUCAUGGAGUUCUCUUGCAGUUAUUUUCGCUUCUUGAUAUCAACUGCAAAAAUUUACCUGAUAACUCAAAAAAAGAUCAGAUUAUUGGUGAUUUGAUACAGGUUCUCUUGAAGUGUGCAUGGAUUGGUAGUAUGAAAACAUGCCCUUGUCCUACUCUAAACACUUCGUAUCUAUGUGUUUUGGAUAAAAUGCUUGGGAUUGCAAGGUUGUAUGCUGGUAGCCAACAUACUACUGCCAUCAGAAAAUUGUUGCUCGAGUUAUCAGCUGAAUACUUGGUCAUGGAAAUAUCUCCUGCCCUUGCUUGGCAUGAUCCAACUAAAGAUGACCUACGGAGACAAGCAGUUUCAUCGUAUUUCUCCUGCAGAUUUGGAGGUAAUACGGAGGACCUUGAAGAACGGUUCAACUUUCAAAGAUGUUCUCAACCCCUUCCUUCCGUAUCUGACAUGCUGAUGAAUGAGAUCUCUGUUUCCAGCCUUCAGGAGCAAGUGAUGCUCUGCCUUUCUGAUGCUGCCUAUGAAGUCAGAAUUGCAAUUCUGAAAAAACUUUUUCACCUGGUGCAAUGCUUGAAACCUGACUCUGCGAAUGAUAUUUACCACAUCUGGGCUGAGAACCAUCUUCAAUCAACAGUAAUGAAGCGUUUGGAUGUUGAAGAAAACCCUAAAUGUCUUUAUUAUUGUCUGAAGAUUGUUUUCUCAUGGAAUAUACUCCAGUUUGAGAAAAUCUACAACUUGGAUUGCCAAAAGACUGCAUAUGAUUUUGAGUCUGUCUCUUGCUUCUGGAACAGAUUGGUCUAUUUGAACAGCACUGUGAAGCGAAUGAAGACGAGGGAGAUCCUUCUGUGCUGCAUGGGAGUAUGUGUUAAGCAAUUCGCUGCAUUGCUGAAUGGAGUGUUAGUUUCUGAUAACAGCAGAGAGGUGGAGCCAGCAAACAUUCUUGUAGUCUAUAAAUGUAUUGAAGUAUUCGUUACCGUGGUUAAACAACGCAGCCUGCCAGCAGAGCCCGUGAACAUGAGGAAGGCAGCAGCAGAAUCGAUAAUAGCAUCUGGGUUGCUUGAAGAAGCCUAUUUAGUUGCCUCCUUAGUGUCUAACAACCAAAUUCUCGAUGAAGAGCCACAUGUUUUUGAUACUGAAAAUGUGAGUUCCCCAUUUAAAGUGUCAGAUUUGGUGAAUCUCUACGGUUGCAGGAUACUUGAUAUGUGGUUCACUUGUAUCCAACUGUUGGAGGAUGAGGAUUUUGUGCUUCGAGAAAGGCUUGCCAAGAAUGUUCAGACAUGCAUAGCAAAAUCCAAGGGAUCGAACGGAAGCCAUUGCGGUGACAGUGUAGCUAGUCAAGUGGCAAAAGUGAUCGAAUCAAGCUUUGAGUUUUUAUCAUCUAUUUUUGGCCACUGGCUGAAGUACUCGAAUUUCCUGUUGAUGCGGGUUUUUGACUCUGCUCAUUCAGUGAACUCCUGUGGGGAUCUUGUUCGCCAGAUCUUCGACAAAGAGAUUGAUAACCAUCAUGAAGAGAAGUUGCUGAUAUGCCAAAUAUGUUGUGUCCAGCUCGAGAAAUUAUUGAAUUCCAAUUCUUUGGCAGAAGGCAGCAAUUUCGAUAUGUUCUUGCAGCAGUGGAGACUGAAGCUCAUAAACCAGUUAUUAUCAUUUGCGCGCAACUAUUCCGAAGCCGAGAGGACUGACUGGAUUGGUGGCGUAGGUAACCAUAAGGACACAUUUACAUCACUAUAUGCGAAUUUACUCGGCCUUUAUGUUCUCGCAAAGAAUCUAUCCAACUGCUGCCAUUCACCAGAAGAACAAUAUCUAUCGAAAAUUACAGAACUGAGAAGAAUUAUUCGGCCAUAUCUUCGAAAUCCUCUGAUCUUUAACCUGUACUUUUUGGUGAUCAAAACACAUGAGAACAUUCUCGACGAUUUCUCAGCAUCGUCCGAAAACUUCGAUCCUUACUUCCUUCUUAGAUAAUGCUUGUAUACUUAACAGAAACUAUUCAGCUUGUGUAAUUCUAAUGUUGUAAACACUGUUCUUUGACCAUUCAAUUGCAGAAUUGGCCACUCAAAAUUUAUGAAA